UAGUAAAUUAAAAAUCUCAGAUAAUCAUAAAAAUUGUUCGUAUUGUAAUAAACCCCUUACUGAAGAAUUAUGGUGUAAAGAAUGUGACCCAUUUAGAAUAAUGGAAGGAUGUACCAGUGGAAAUUCUGUUAUUGAUAAGUUUAUAAAAGAUACAAUGUAUGAUACAAUGUAUAAUGCAAAAAUUAAAUCAAUUUAUAACAACAAUAAAUUUCUUGAAUGGGUACCAUUUGAUAGAUUUACAGAUAUAAAAGAAAUUGGUGAAGGUGGAUUUGCCAAAGUAUAUUGUGCAACUUGGAUUGAUGGCAAAUCAGAGUACUAUGAAAAUGAUGAUGGAAGUUGGAAAAAAAGAGAAACCGAAUCUAUAGAAGUUGCUUUAAAAAGGUUAAAUGGAUCACAGAAUAUCUCGGAUAAAUAUUUAAAUGAACUUAAAAUACAUUGGGAAAUUUCUAAUAGAGGUGGAUUAGAAUUUCAUGGAUUAACUAAACACCCGGAAACUAAAGAAUUUAUGAUGAUUAUGCGAUUUGCUGGUGAAGGAAGUUUGAGAAGUAGUCUUUCAAAUAACUUUAACAACACUAUGUGGAAAAAUAAAAUUAUCUAUUUGUAUACUAUAUUAUAUGACUUAAAUUCAUUACAUGAAUUAGAAUAUUGCCAUAAAGAUUUUCAUAGUGGUAAUAUUUUACAAAUUAAUAAUACCCCUUAUGUUUCAGACUUUGGAUUAUCAGGACCAGCAAAUAAACAAAAAUCAGAUGAUAAAGUAGUAUAUGGAGUAAUGCCAUAUAUUGCACCAGAAGUCUUAAACGGAGAAUCAUAUACAAAAUCAUCCGAUAUUUAUAGUGUAGGUGUAAUUAUGGCCGAAUUAUCAUCAGGAAGACCACCUUUUCACAAUAAUAAGCAUGAUUUUAACUUAUCAUUAGCCAUAUGUAAUGGACUCAGACCAGAAUUUGGAAAAGGAACUCCUGAAUUUUAUAAGAAAUUAGCUUAUAAAUGCAUGAAUGCCAAUCCAAAUGAAAGACCAACAGCCGAAGAAUUAAAAUAUAUAUUUGAUUUUUGGAUUGUCUCUAUUGAAGAUAGGAAUAAUGGAAUAGAAAAAUUCGGUUAUAAAGGAAAAGAAAUUAAAGCGGCAUUUGAAGAAGCUGAUAAGGAAAUACCAAAUAUCUCACCUUCAUAUGAAAAGAAUUCAGAUGCUGUAUAUACUAGUAGAGCGUUUACAUUUAGUAAUUUAUUACCAAAACCCGUUAAUUCAUCCAUUAUUACUUCAUAUGUUAAUAAUGAAGUUUGCGACUCUCAAUUAAUCGACUUGGAAGUAUCUAAUUCAAUAGAAUUAAGAGAUACCGACGAUGAAAACAAGGUUGAUAAUCAAGUGAAUUAAAUAUAAUUUAUUUAUAAGCUAUAGUAU